UUUCAUGACAAUUCCACGUUAUUUCUUCACCCGAGAUUGCCGUGCAUUCUUGAGCACUUCUUCAUGUUUUCUUUUUUUCUCUUUUCGAGGUAGAUAUCAUGUCUUUCUGUAUUAAUAUAACAGGUAAUGUUAUGUCCACAAACAAAUGGAUCAACUGUCUACGAAAGAUAUCAGACGGAAGCCUGUUCCGCCGGUAGCUUUACAACCAUCGGUUCCUCACACAAGUGAUAUCCUUGACGAUCUCCUUGAUGACUACUAUCUAGAACCAACUGGACAACCCGAUCCUCAUCACCAACACCCACUACCUACCAUUCAAACUAAGGAAUUAGAAUUAGAAAACACUCCAGCUGUCCCUCCACCUCCACCAUUUCCACCUCCUCCACCCCUUCCACCUCUUCCACCAAGACAAUGGUCCAUUCCUCUCGUUUCUAGUCCUUCGGAAAUAUCACUCAACUCUAACGUCUCUACGCCGGAAGCUACCAAUUCCGCUCAUUCAAUAUGGAAGGCGGCUGUAAAUGAGACCAUUUACUUCGCUGGUGGGCUUAUAUCACACCCUUUCGAGUCCACUAAACAUUAUAGCAUUCUCCGCCAUUCAGCCGGCGUGGUCUUUUACCGGGGGCCGUCUACGAGUAUCGCUAUUACUGUUUUUGCAGAUCAGCCACUGCCAGCUGACCGUUCAUUUUGGUUGCAGAGAAAGGGCUUCUCCGGAAAUAUGGGCAUGGCCGCCAGUGCUCUAUUACGCACUCAGGGAAACUGGAUUGAAGUGACACCCUCGUUCGCAGCUCUUCCUUCUCAAAUUCCUCAGUCGGAUGAGCGAGCUUGGCAAAGGGAUAUCAAGAAGUUUCUUAAGAAAGCGGCAUCCCACAAGCACUUAUCUAAGCAGAUAGUUCGCGAGACCUGCGUUAUUCGGAUUCCCGCCUCAGCCGAAGAUGGGUACUUACGUAUCGUCAUGUGUACAGGCGAAGGGUCAAAGAAGACGCUUUGUCCCUCGCCUGUUUUCCGCGUAGCAAGUACGUCAUCAGACGUGAGCGUGAUGCGUGGUGCAAGCCUGACAACCAUGCCUAUCGAACUCGGGUUGAAAGUAGCAUCCGUAAUAGGCCAGAAUGCUGUGGAAAGGUUCAUCGGACCCGCCAGGGAUCUCAUAGAGGCCCAAAUUGAGAAAUACGGUCCGGGGGUUAUAACACAAGAAGCUGCGCUUAUGGCGUAUGAAACCUUUAAUGAAGAAGAAGAAGAAGAAGAUACAUUCAAGCCGUUGCAAACAGAAGGAGUACUAGAGGUGCCUCCUCAGAUAGUUGGCCCUGAUAGUGGGCCAGAGAAACCGUACCCAAUUCGGUUUACUGGAAAGAUAAUCCAGGGAACUGGUAGAGGACGAGCUGAGACCGGAAUACCGACAGCAAACCUGGCCGGCGUACCGGAAGACUUACUUCUACGCCUCAGUGGUGUUUAUAUCGGUUGGGCUGCUAUUCGACCAUUGAAAUUGAGCGAUGAGAUAUCGCAACCCUGGCACAAAGCCCUUAUUACUGUUGGACCUUCGCCAUAUGCACCACCUAAGGUCGUAUCUAAGAAUGUGGUUAGAGUUUAUAUGAUCAACGACUUUGGCGAAGCUAGAUUUGUGGACGCCAACCUCAAGGUCGUGCUUAUGGCAUUUUUGAGACCCGUAUCGACGCCUAAUAGCACCCAGUUACCUGCAGAAAGUACUGCCACCAUCGCACGGGAUAUCGAUAUUGCUGUUGCGAGUCUUAGUCGCGAGAACUGGCAGUGCGAUACGACUCUCCGCAGGGUCAAGUCGGAGAUGAGCAUAGCAGAGAAGUGCGUUGAUAUGCAGUUGAAAGUGCAGAGGCGAGUCGAUAGUGUUCCGCUGCACUUGGCCGGAGUACGCACCGCUAGCAGCGAGCUUAAAGAUCAGGUCUAUGGUAGGGGCGGCUUAUACAUACGACGAUGACAGAUUCUGGCUCGCCACAUCGCAAACGUAGUGGGCGGCGAGAUAGAGCUUAUUAUUUUUCAAACGACGUAGGAUCUUUAAUUUCUAUUUUCGCUUCUUUUUUCCCAUUCAUGAAGUAGGGAAUUUUCUAUUUGGGGGCAUUUCAGCGUGUCGGGGUCCUGCGCUGAAGACUAGGCACUUCAGAGAAUUGGAAUUCUGGAGGUUCAUUGGAAAGCAAAAGAGGCGUUUGCUCUACUGAGCUUCAACUUUAAUGGGCAACAGCGGUUUUCUUUCAUUCGGUCGUUCAAUCUCGGAAGCCAAUCGACCUAGAGCAUGGGGAGUUUCUCAAGCCCCGAAUAAUCGGGGUGAAAUAAUACCUAUAUAAUCCGGACAAUGGGUUCGGCAUUCCAUGUCUUACUUAUCUCAUGAAGAUACUAUUAGUAGUAAUGCUAAUAUUUCAAUGGA